ACCGCAGUUUUUAUUGUUAUUAUUGUUAUUAACCUCCUCCUCCGGUGGAAGGUGCACGCGCCAUGUGCAUCCCACGGUGAACCGUCGCGCUCUCCGCUGACUCGAUUAUGGUCACAGCCCCCGCGGUGCCAAGCUGGAGCCGCCGCGCGUCUCUCGGAUCGGUGCGCUCCUGCAGGGGCUGGGAUGCGCACCGGGAACCUCCCGCUUCCUGCCGAGCUUCGGCUCUCAGCCGCACGAGUCCGGCAGCGGCGCCGGGGGCCCCGGGGGCCGCCGCGCGCGCAGGAGCCAGUCCACGCGGAGCAGGAUGCCGGUGAUGAGGGGGCUGCUGGCCCCGCAGAACACCUUCCUGGACACCAUCGCCACGCGCUUCGAUGGAACCCACAGUAACUUUGUCCUGGGAAACGCUCAGGUGCAGUCGCUCUAUCCCAUCGUCUACUGCUCUGAUGGCUUCUGCGAGCUCACGGGCUACGCCCGCGCCGAGCUCAUGCAGAAGAGCUGCGCGUGUCACUUCCUGUACGGCCCGGAGACCAGCGACCGCCUGACGGCGCAGAUCCAGGGAGCCUUAGACGAGAGGGGGGAGUUCAAGACGGAGCUGGUCUUCUACAAGAAGGAAGGAACUCAGUUCUGGUGUCUUCUGGACAUCGUACCCAUUAAGAAUGAGAAGGGUGAAGUGGUUCUGUUCCUUGUGUCCCAUAAAGACAUCACAGACAAGAAGAAGGACCAGGAUCCUGAGCAGGGACCUGAGACUGAUGAGGAGACGGGUCUGCAGGUUCACAAGGUCACACGGCCUCCGGGCUUCAACACCAACCGGCGCCGCAGCAGAGCCGUCCUCUAUCACCUGUCGGGACACCUGCAGAAACAAGACAAGAGCAAACUCAAGAUCAACAACAACAUGUUCGGGGACAAGCCUCCAAUCCCGGAGUACAAAGUAGCCGCCAUUCAGAAGUCCCGCUUCAUCCUCCUGCACUACGGCACCUUCAAAGCCGGCUGGGACUGGCUGAUCCUGCUCGCCACCUUCUAUGUCGCCGUCACCGUGCCGUACAACGUCUGCUUCACGGUGGUGGGGGGGAGGGACGAGGGCGGGGCCAGCAGCAGCAGCAGCAGCAGCAACAGCAACAGCAGCAGCAGCAGCGCCCCCCGCAGCCCGCCCAGCGUCAGCGACAUCCUCGUGGAGAUCCUGUUUAUUUUAGACAUUGUGCUGAACUUUCGAACCACUUUUGUGAGCACGUCGGGUCAGGUAGUGUACGACGCCCGCUCCAUCUGCGUUCACUACGUCACCACCUGGCUCUUUGUCGAUCUCAUUGCCGCCCUGCCCUUUGACCUGCUGUAUGCUUUCAACGUCAGCGUGUACUUUGGCGUCCACCUGCUGAAGACAGUGCGGCUGCUGCGGUUGCUGCGGCUGCUGCAGAAGCUGGAGCGUUACUCUCAGUACAGCGCCGUGGUCCUGACGCUGCUCAUGUCCAUGUUCGCUCUGCUCGCACACUGGAUGGCGUGCGUGUGGUACUUCAUCGGACGCAGGGAGAUCGAGAGUCCCGGCUCCUGGGAUAUCGGUUGGCUGCAUGAGUUAGCCAAGCGUCUGGGUACGCCGUACUUCCUGUCAGCUCUGGUCCCGCCCACCGUGGGCAGCCUCUCGUCAAACAGCAGUGGCGGCGGCAGUGGCACUGGAGGAGGAGGAGCCAACAGCAGCCACUGGAACAUGUUGGGGUCAGAGGUCAUGGGUCAGGGCUCCUGGAACUCCAGCCAGUAUUAUGGGAACAUGUCGGGGGGCGAGGCCACGGCAGUGGCGGGCGGCACAGGAGGCGGGGCGCUGGGCGGGGCGCUGGGCGGUGGCCCGUCCAUGCGCAGCAGCUACGUGACGUCGCUCUACUUCGCUCUGAGCAGCUUGACCAGCGUCGGGUUCGGAAAUGUGUCGGCGAACACGGACUCAGAGAAGAUCUUCUCCAUCUGCACCAUGCUCAUCGGAGCGCUGAUGCACGCCGUGGUGUUUGGUAACGUGACGGCCAUCAUCCAGAGGAUGUACUCGCGCCGCUCGCUCUACCACACUCGCACCAAAGACCUGAAGGACUUCAUCAGGGUCCACCGGCUGCCCAAGGCCCUGGAGCAGCGCAUGCUCGAGUGUUUCCAGACCACGUGGUCCGUCAACAACGGCAUCGACGUCAGUGAGCUGCUCAAAGAUUUCCCCGACGAGCUGCGCGCCGACAUCGCCAUGCACCUGAACAAGGAGCUGCUCCAGCUGCCGCUGUUCGAGUCGGCCAGCAGGGGGUGCCUGCGCUCCCUGUCCCUCAUCAUCAAGACGUCGUUCUGCGCUCCCGGCGAGUUCCUCAUACGACAGGGCGACGCCCUCCAGGCCAUCUACUUCGUGUGCUCGGGGUCCAUGGAGGUCCUGAAGGACAACACCGUGCUGGCCAUACUGGGUAAAGGAGAUCUUAUUGGCUCCGACUCCCUGACGAAGGAGCAGGUGAUCAAGACCAACGCCAACGUCAAGGCGCUGACCUACUGUGACCUGCAGUACAUCAGUCUGAAGGGUCUGCGUGAGGUCCUGCGUCUCUACCCCGAGUACGCCCAGAAGUUCAUCAGCGAGAUCCAACACGACCUCACGUACAACCUGAGGGAAGGUCACAGAGCCGACGUGGACUGGGAGAGUAAUGGCGGCCUGGUGAAGAAGCUGCCAUCGAUCCGCGAGGACGAGGAGGGCGACGAGGAGCAGAACCCGGGCUAUCGCGCCCCUCGCUCUCCGCUGCGGCUCAGCAGAGGCAUCAGCUCGCCCGUCCGGUCGCCUCUGCUGCCGCCGCGACCGUUCCGCGCUCCCUCAGAACUGUCGCUCCGCCCCACGACGCUGCAGAUCCCGGUGGUGAGCUUCUGCGGCGCGCCGCCCGAACUCAGCCCCAGAUUCGUGGACGGCAUUGAGACAGAGACGAGUUCCACGUCGACGCAGAAGUUUGAGUUCAGCCCCAGUCUGUCACCUGUGGCUCCGCCCUCUCCGUAUCCAGGGAGUCGUGAGCACUUGGAGAUCAAACACAGUGUGUCCAAACUGACCGAGGAGAUGAACAGUCUCUCUAAACAAGUGUGCAGACUCAGUCAGGAGCUGCAGGAGAUGACGCUCCUCCUUAAGCCCCUCCUCCAAACAGCGGCACAGCCAAUCCUGAUGACCAUGGUGCCAAAUCUAACCCCGCCCCCCAGCAGCGCCGGCCAGCUGUCGACGAGCGCCUCCCUCACGACGGCAUGUCCCGCGCAGAGAGCGGAUGCUCGGUCUCUGUUGGACAGUGGAGACAGCGAGACGAUGGACUUGCCGCGGUGUCUUCUGCCGACGCCACACGCCACAACGGCCUUUCACUCGUCGGCGUCGCAGCCGUGCGGUCACAUCCAGAUCUCUGUGACCUCUGACCUCCUCUUAGCUGAAGACAAACUCCCUGACGGGUCCUCGGAGACACGGAGCGUCCACGUGUCCUCCAGUAACGGCGCCUGUCCUCUGCAGGACACGCCUCCCCCGCCCUCUCACACGCCCUCACCCUCUCUCUCCUUCUCCAUGUCUCUCUCGUCCUCACCCUCUCUGUCCCCCUGUCAGGGUCCUCACCCAUCCAGACCUGCCAGCUGUGUCAGCCGAGGCCUGCUCCCGCCUCCUCCCUCCCAGGACACGCCUCCGCCGCAGUCGUCCGCCCACUGCUCGGCCCCGCCCUCGCUCUCCUCCUCCCCCGGGGACCAGCGGCUCAGGCCGUCCCCCUCCUCCACCCCCGUCCCCUCCUCGUCGCUGUCUCUGGACUUUAACUCGAGGACGCCGCGGGCGGACGCCGCCUGGUGCGCGUCACAGCGCCGCCACCAGGACACCAGAGUCGGUGAGCGACCGCAGGAGCUGGAGAUGCACGAGUGGGGGCAGCAGGUGAAGGAGGGGCGGUCCUCCACCGAGAACAUCAGCUUCAUCGAUGAAGAGGAGCCGGCGUUAUGAAUGAAUGAGUGAAUGAAUGAAUGCAUGAGGGGGGGGAAAACACAGUAGCAGGGGACGGAAGAGGCGGGCCCAGCUUCACGCAGGAAGUGCUCAGAGGAGAAACACCUGUGCGGUCUGAGACACGGUGCCACCUGGUGGUGCGACGGUGUGACGAGGAAACACAGCACAAACUGUCGAACACAAAAAAACAGCAUCACAGCUUCUUUUAAAAAAAACCCACUUCCAUUCAUCGCUGGAGCCGAAACAAGCUCCGCCCACUUACACCAAACUCAUACUUUAUCUCUUUUUAGACCAGUCAGGAUUUUCCCCGCCUCUUUAAAGGGCUGGUACACACGUCUUUAAGCACAGCACAGGAUCUGAACGACGGUGCGUUUCUUUUGUAGUCGGAAUUUUCCAGAGUUACGAACUGUGAGGUCGUACAGGUCCAAACACUGAGAAUUUCACUUUUAACGUUAUGUACAUUUACAAUGAGUUGUAGACAGAAGUCGGGAUUUGCCGAGUUACGAGUCUGGAAGAUUUAACUGGAACGUGACCUCGGGUUGGAAAGGCGGAGCAACUUCACAAACCCUGACACACAGGAUUACAAAAUGGCUUAUGGUUAAUCGUAAAAACACUCUACUAUACUUUUACCAUUCAUUUGAAUCAGUCGUACACAUAUGGUGUGUUCCAUUUGUUGUCAGAACUCGGAUUUCCAACUCAGACCGUAUUUGUUAGCAUUGGUAUUGCUAACCAUGACUAAUCUAAGAUAUUAGAUUUUCAGCAACUCAACUGGAACCCGGUGAAGUAUUUUUUUAUUUUUUAACCGUGGACGUGUUGCGACGCCACAUUUCCGUGACCAAAAUACCAAAUAGAGCUCUUUCGACUCUUUUAUCGCAGAGCUCUUUCAUCGACUCUUUUAUCGCAGAGCUCUUUAUCGACUCCUUUAUCGUAGAGCUCUUUCAUCGACUCUUUUAUCGCAGAGCUCUUUCAUCGACUCUUUUAUCGCAGAGCUCUUUAUCGACUCCUUUAUCGUAGAGCUCUUUCAUCGACUCUUUUAUCGCAGAGC